AAUGAUUAUUGAUAUGAUGACCGAUGGAUAUACAUUAUACACUAGUCAGUAGUUCAGUACUCAAUAGAAUAUUCGAUCCAUAUUCAGUUAAUUAGUUUCAUCAUGGUACUAGAGUUGUAAUUACAUUAUUCACUUACGAAGUAGUCUCGCCGGUCUUGUUGGCUCGGCAUUAAAAAAUUCUAAUUUUGUGAUUAGGCGUUGAGACGAUGCCCAACAGUGGCACUGCAUCUGCUGAUUCACUGCCUAAUGUGGCUGCUCAUCUACCCUCAAUAUUUAUGUCCCUGCGCACUAAACUUCCGUCUCAUGUACUAGCCAUUCGGCCCUGGUCACUGAGUGCAUCAAUAAUACCAACUUUAUUAGGCUGCACCAUAGCUCAGAAAUUAAAUUCCAACAUAGAAUUUAGUUUUCUGACACUGCUGUUGACUCUACUAACGGUCGCUUUGGUUCAUGGAGCUGGAAAUGUGGUGAAUACCUACUAUGAUUAUGUCCGUGGUAUUGAUGGCCGUAAUAGCGAUGACCGAACACUGGUAGAUAGAAUUUUGUCUGAGAAUGAAGUUGAAAGAUUAGGUGCUAUAUUAUACUUUUUGAGUUUUGUUACAUUCUUUUGGCUUGCCAUUAUAUCUCAGGCUAAAAUGGGUCAUCUGGCUGCUGCCUAUUUAUGGGGUUUGAGCAUUUCAUUUUUAUAUACUGGUGGAUUUGGUUUCAAAUAUAUUGCUCUUGGAGACUUAAUAUUCUUAAUACUGUUUGGACCUGCAUCAGUUUUAUUUGCUUAUUUAUCUCAUACAGGUCAACUUAAUUUGGAACCUAUAUAUUAUGCUAUACCGUUAGCAUUAAACACUGAAGCUAUAUUACAUAGUAAUAAUACAAGAGAUUUAGAAAGUGACAGGAAAGCUGGUAUUGUUACAUUAGCAAUAUUAAUAGGCCGAACAGCUUCAAUAAUUUUUUACGGAUUUCUUCUAUUUACUCCGUAUAUUAUGUUUGUUGUUCUAUCAGUGAGAUGUUCUAAAUGGUUUUUAUUGCCAUUAAUUACAAUGAGCUAUGCAUUUAAAAUAGAAAGAGAGUUUAGAGAUGGUAUAAAUAUUCAAUCUGUACCUAAACGAACUGCUAAUUUAAAUUGUAUUUUUGGAAUUUUAUAUAUAUUGGCAGUAAUGGCUGCUGAUAAAUCAAAUUUGCCAUUUAAUAUUAAUUAAGAUACUAAUAUUUAAAAGUUAUGGCUAUUAGUAUCGAAUGUUCUUACAGUAGGUUGCGAUGGUCCUAACAACGUUCCUUAGGGUGUAUAGUUAUUACUUAUUAUGCAUCGAGAACAUUAUUCUGAAUUUUUUUUUUAUUGUAACAGUUUUAUAUUUUUUAAUCUAUAAGUAAUAAAUUAAUGUAUUAAAAAUGAAUGUUUAAAGAAAUGUUAAAGCUACACAUACGUUUUAUGUAGUUGAUAAAAACUUUUACUAAAAUAUCCAGCUCAUUUGGCUGAAAUGUACUGAAUAUUCUAUUUUAAUUACAAUUUUUGUUACUUUGCUUAAUAGAAAUCUUUAUUGUACAAACACAUCUAAGUUAUAACAUUAGAAUACUGGUUAUUAUUAUAUAUUUUUUUUUUUUUUUUACAAUACCUUAAAUAUGUGAAAUUUAAGUAUCACAAAUUGUUGUUUUUUAUUUAACAAAUAAAUAUUAUAUAAUCAAUGUGAUAAAUCAAGAUAUAGAGUUCAAUGUUAUCAAUUUAUCAUUGAUUUAUUAUUAUAGUAUGUGAUCUUUUAUUUAAUUUUAGCAAUAUUAUUUUUAUCUCCUUUUACUAAUAUAUAUUUAUAUUAAUUUAUAACAAUAUACAUUUACACUAAACACUAAACAGUAUAAUGUAAUUUGGUAAUAAAACAAAAUUAUAUUUAUUAUACUGAAUACAGUCAUUAAGUACUUAUUGCUUAAGAUUCUUACGCAAAUUCGGCUGGUUUUGUGUAGUAUUAACAUUUAUUGAUCCCAUAUAAUAUAUGUAUAAUUAUUAUUUAUGUAUAUAAAUUACAAUAUCAUGUAAUUAAUAUGAUUUAUUAUUAAUAUAAUAUAAAAAAUGCUAUACAUUGCACUGUUUUUAAAUUUAAGAAGAAUAAAAUUCAAGUAUAUUAAAUAUUAAAAAUCAAAGUCUUCCUUGAAUAAAAAUAAAAAUGUAUAUGAUGUUGUAUAAUAUUAGUAUAAUAUACUGAAUUUUAAAUUUUGUAAAUAAUUGAUCAACCGAACAAUCAAUUCUAUAAUAUAUUAUGAUUUAUGAUAAUUUAUAAUAUUGGAUUCUUAUUAAUUAUUAUUAUUUUUGUUUUUGACCAAAGUAAUCUGUUAAUAUAUAGAUUUAAAAUUGGCCAUACAAUAUUUUAUUAGAUUUUAAAUACAAAUUUAAAAAAUAUGUAAAAAAUUAUUUUAAGUUUAUUCAUUGAUUAAAUGAUGUAAUUGUUAAUAUCUAAAGAACCAAGCAUGUAGUACUUAAGAAAUACAUAUUUAUUGUUAGGUGAUUCAAAUGUUGUUAUUAAUAUUAAGAUAGUAAGAUGUAUUAUUUGUCAGAAAAUAUUAAAUAUUGUAACAAACGCUUACACUUUACAGCAUUUCAUAUAAAUAUAUAAUAAUAUGUAGACAAACACAAUCAAAAAUUAAAUAUUUUUUUAAGUUUA